AUGGAUUCAAGAGUUGAAUCAAUGGUGCUCUUCUUUGUAGCAGUUCUUCUAUGGGCUCCUCUGGUUUCCUCUCGCUUGCCUAUUGAAGAUGCUGCAAUGAAUAAUGAUCAAGACAUGAUCGAGAGGUACCACCAGUGGAUGAUCAAGUAUGGCCGCAACGAGGAUGCUAAGGAAGCAGCUCGGCGCUUCCCCGUCUUCAAGAAGAAUGUGGAGUACGUUGAUUUUGUUAAUGGCCAGAACCGGUCCUACAAGCUGACUGCGAACCAGUUCGCAGACCAGACUGAAGAGGAGUUCAGCCGCACGCGAUGUGGGUUUAGGUCCUCCAAGCAGGGUUCUAAGGCAUCCCGGCGGCCGGCUGUGUCGUCCACCAUGGAUGCCGGUGACGAGAAUGUGCCAGUGAGUAUUGAUUGGAGGAAGAAGGGAGCUGUCACCCCCAUUCAGGAUCAAGGUGACUGUGGUUCCUGCUGGGCGUUCUCGGCGGUGGCCGCCAUUGAGGGGAUCAUCAUGAUCAAGGAGGGGACGCUGGUCGACCUCUCCGAGCAGCAGCUCGUGGACUGCGACGUUAACGACCGCGGCUGCGGAGGCGGGGAGAUGACCACCGCCUUCGACUUCGCCCUCCAGCACCACGGCCUCGCCUCCGAGAAGGCCUACCCUUACGCCGGCGUGGACGAGAAGUGCAACAAAGGGGUCAGGGCCAACGGCAACUCCUCCAUCAUAGCCGGACAUGAGCGCGUGCCGGCCAACGACGAGAAGGCGCUGCUCCGCGCCGUCGCCAAGCAGCCUGUCUCCGUGGGCAUCGAGGCCUCGUCCCUGGACUUCCGCUUCUACUCCUCCGGCAUCUUCGCCGGCGAGUGCGGCACCGAACUCGACCACGGAGUUGCGGUCGUGGGCUACGGCAUCGACGACGACGACGACGGCACCAAGUUCUGGAUAGUUAAGAAUUCGUGGGGGACAGAGUGGGGAGAAGAUGGAUACAUCAGGAUGAAGCGCGACGUAAACCAGAAAGGAGGCAUCUGCGGCAUCGCCAUCGAUGCUUCCUACCCUUUUGCUUAGGGAAAGGAGGGGCCGCUGGUGUGAGGGAACAUCGCUUCCAGAGUUUGCCUUUUCCUGCAAAUUUGGCUACACUAGUUUUGUUGCAGUUUUUCUCAAUAACUUGUCCCGGUCGUCAU